CUUGCAACAUUCCGCGUACAGUAUCUUUCUUUUCCCCCGAUUUUUUUCUAAAAAAUUUUUUUUUUUUUUAAUCGCUCGCUUUUUUACAAGUCGUCUCUCCGUACGCAAUCAUCAUCAUUAUCAUUACGCCGCCGCCGCCGUCGUUGUCGUCGCCCGCAAUAUACCAAACUUUAACAAUUAUUACAAGUACAACAACCACGAAAUCACUACACGCAGCUGUAUCACAUUAAUCGCGAUAAUUUCCUUAAUCCGCUACCGCGGCAUUUCGACCCCGUCGGCACGGACACCGCCACACCACCACCGCAACCAUCACAGCCACUACCAGCACCAGCACAGUCAUGUCACCGAUAUCGAGUCGUGAUGCAUGAUAGAUAGCAACAAUGGCGGUGGGCACGUGCUACUGAAGCCCACCUCCCCACAUCCUGGAGCCCCUAACCCAGGCGUCGCUGGUGCUCACCAUGGCGGUCGCCAUCAUCCUCCUUAAUAUCCUCAUCAUCGCUACGUUCACCAACAUACGAGGUGGAGGAGAGGUGAUGAAUGUAUACUUGGUGUCACUAGCUCUGGCCGACUUGCUCUACGGUGUGCUCGUAGUGCCGUUUUCCGUGUACCCGGCACUCGUACAACAAUGGGUCUAUGGUAACAUCGCAUGUAGAAUCAUCGGAUAUAUUGAAGUGUCGUUGUGGACCGUGUCUGCUUAUACUCUCAUGUGGAUUAGUGUGGACAGGUACAUAGCAGUGCGCAAACCAGUCAGGUACUUUACCGUGCAGACACGGACUAGGUGCCAAUGCUGGAUGGCGUUCACAUGGAUAUCGUCUGCUAUGUUGUGCUGUCCGCCCCUGUUGGAGUUUGGCGAACCUGUUUUUGACAAAGACACUGCGGUGUGCAUGCUUGACUGGCAGGGCAUGGCGGCGUAUUCGGUAACGCUAUCCAUACUCAUUCUGGGGCCCAGUCUGAUCACCAUCCUGUACACUUAUGUGUACAUCUAUGGUGCUAUACGAAGGUUACGGCGGGGUUUCUUAGCACACGACAAGGAAUACGUUACUGCGCUGUCGGAGAACUUGUCCAAUCCCACUCACGUGACUGCGUUCGUGUUGAUCGUAUCGUUCUGGGUGUGUUGGACGCCGCUGAUGUCAAUCAAAGCGUAUCAGCAGCUGGGAGACUCGCCGCCUGUGCCCGGCCAGGUACGUUUCUACGCCCUUUGGCUGGGCAUAUCCAACUCGGUUUGGAAGGCGUUCGUGCUCAUCUUUCUUAGCCCGCAGUUCCGGGUCAUGCUCAGACUGUUGUGUCUGACUGUGUUUUGCAAACGGAAAAAUCGCGCGGAACUCGAGCUGCUGCAACUCGACAUGGAAGAUCACUUCCUAUAAGUUAAGUAUUAUUGAUGUUUUUUUUUUUUUUUUUUGUUAAUAAGUAAUAUUAAUAAUUAUGAAAUUGUUGAACUUUGUUUUUGUUAUCAAUUGAAUGUUCUUCCCGAGAGCAAUCAUACGUCCAUUUAUUUAUUACGUUUUGUUUAUAAAGCUAAAGAACGAAAAAAAAAAGCACUAUUAUAAUACAUAAAAAAUAAUUUAGUAUUUUAAAGCCGUCGGUUUUCGUAUUUAAAGAUACUAAACUCGAUAACGUUACGGGCUAAAGAAAAAUAAUAAUAUUUCGAUUUAAAAACGAUUGACUUGUCUUUAGAUGAAAACAGUCGCGUCGUAUCAAAUUUCAAUAUAUUAUGUUUUCUUGUUUAAAUCGUAGUAAGAAAAAAAUGUAAUUAUUUUUUAUAGGUUGUUUAUAAAAAAAAAAAAAAGAGUUUAAAUCGCAAUAGAUCGGUUGUAAAUUACUGAUGAGUUAAUAAUAUUUUACGGCGAUAUCAAUUUAACGUAUUGACAUUCAGGGGUUGGGCAUAAAACCUAUGGGAACGCAUUAAGACCGAAAAAACCUAAACAGAGAUCCAUGUCGAUACACAGCGUGAUUCACGAGAAUUCAACUCAACAUUAAACCGAAAUUUAGUACUUUUUAACACAAGUUUUAUCUGAGAAAACAAUGUGGCAUACAUAAUUACAAAUUGUUAGUUUUUUUUACAGAUAAAAGCAGAAACUUUGAGCAUACAAAGGGAAAGAUAGAUCAUUUUCCUUUUAUUAUAACCGUACAAUAAAAUUAGUAAUUAAUUAAAUAAUCACUCAAAAUUUGUUGAGUCCAAUCGUAUAGUUUUUAAUUAAUCGAUCUCGUAAAAGUUAUUAGGCUGUUCGCAACUAUAUGAAUAAAUAUCAAUUACAGUGUUUGUUUCUGUAUCAUAGCAAUAAUUAUAAAAAUGUCAAUGCAAUUUCAAAAUCUUUUAACAUUUUCUUAGAAGAAAUAGCUGCAUUGAGUAAAUCCUCGUUGAACACCGUGUAUAUAAUAUAAUACUGUAUUAAUGCGAGACGUGCAAACUCAAAACAUGAUCGUGCCAGUAGCGCACAACCGUCUUAUAUAUUAUGUGACUGCCGCUGUUGAAAUUAUAUCCUUAGGUCAAUUGAUAGAAUUUAAUUAAAAUUACUCAAAAGAAAACCCGUGCCCAACUCUAAUUUAAGUAAUAAUAUUAUCAAAGGUAUAAAGUCGACUGUUUACGAUCAUUUUUUAAUAAGUAUUUUGUCAUUAAAAAAAAUUGCCUAUCAAUUUUAAAUUGCACUGAAUUAGUUUUGUUGAGCUUUAAAAACAAAAAAAAGUGUAUAAAUUAGAUGUAGUGUUUAAAAAAUACUUAUGAUGAUACUUAUGAAACGAGAA